GUUUCUUCAACAACAACAACAACAGCUAGUCAGACACCUCACUACCUUUAUAGACAAAAAUCGUUGUAUAGUUGCAUCUGUGUUUUAAAAAUACGUAUGUCUAAUAGCUAGCUAGUUUCCCCAUUUCAUUUCAUAUAUACGUUGUUAGUUAGCUGGCUUGAUAAAUUAGCCUAUUACUAGGCUAACGAACGCCAGCUAGCUAGCUAACAUCUCCGACCAUGAGCUCACUAAGCUACUCUCCUCCUGCUAAAGAAGAGGAGGCCUGCUGGACGGAGAAAGAAACUCUCGUUAAAGAGGAGGAGGAAGAGGAGGCUGUUACAAUACAACAACAAGUAGAGGGUGAGGCUGUUACAGUGAAAGAAGAAGAGAAAGACGUUUCAGUGAAAGAAGAGGAAGACGCGUUCAGAGUGAAAGAGGAGGAGGAAGUUACAGUGAAAGAGGAGGAGGAAGAGACUGAGGAUGAUGCAGUUUUUAGAGUGAAAGAGGAGGAGGGGGAGAUGACUGUCACAUUGAAAGAGGAGGAGGGGGAGAUGACUGUCACAUUGAAAGAGGAGGAGGAGACAGGAGAUCUGAUUAAGACCAGAGAGAGACCAGACUCUCCCUCUGACAGCAGGAAGAGUCCUUCAGGGGAACCAGACCCAGAGACGCCCAAACCAGCCAAACGACAUCACUGCUCCUACUGCGGAAAGAGUUUUACUAAGUUACGAAAACUAAAAGAGCAUGAGAGGACACAUACAGGAGAAAAGCCUUUCCAAUGUUCCCAGUGUGGAAACAGUUUUAGUCAGUUAGGGAGCCUGAAAAUACAUAAGAGAAUACACUCUGGAGAGAAGCCUUAUCACUGCUCCCACUGUGGAAUGACUUUUAUCUGCUCAGGGAGCAAGAAGUUACAUGAGAGAGGACACACAGGAGAAAAGCCCUAGGACUGUUCCCACUGUGGAAGGAGUUUUAGGUGGUUAGAAGGCCUGAAAAAGCAUGAGAGGACGCACACAGGAGAAAAGCCCUACCAAUGCUCCCACUGUGGAAAGAGUUUUUCUCAGUCAGAGAACCUGAAAUCACAUCAGAGGGUACAUCCACAGGAGGAGAAGACAUACCACUGCUCUCAUUGUGGAAAGACAUUUUCCCAGUCAGAGGACCUGAAAUCACAUGAGAGAAUAGAGAGGCUGUGUUCUGACUUAUGUUUUUGACUGAGAAUUUGUGUUUUUGUUCUUGCCAAAUGAAAUCAUAUUGUUUAUAUGAAAUCAUAAAAAACAGGUUUACUUUUGUGGAUGUUUUUUCAUCUGGAGACAUGAUCAUGUCUAAAAUCAGAUAAAAUAUUUUAAAAUAUGUUUUUUUUUCUUAUUCGAUUGAUUGGAUGCAAAUGUCAAUCCUAUGAUGUUGUUCAUUAUAUUAUUUGCAAAAUGUAAAUUAUUAUAUAAGUAAGUAGCCUUGCACGAGCCCAGAACAGCUCUUAGAAACAGGAGCCUUGUCUUGUAUGAUCCAGAACAAAUCAAAGUUUACCUUACUGUGAAAUGCUUACUUACCAACAGUGCGAUUUUAAGUAAAAAAUAGGUAUUAGGUGAACAAUAGAUAAGUAAAGAAAUAAAAACAACAGUAAAAAGACAGUGAAAAAUAACAGUGGCGAGGCUAUAACAGUAAUGAGGCUACAUACACACACCGGUUAGUCAGGCUGAUUGAGGUAGUAUGUACAUGUAGAUAUGGUUAAAGUGACUAUGCUUAUAUGAUGAACAGAGAGUAGC